CAGAGGUUGGGUUUCCUUUCAAGGCAGCCGUUGAGGUGGCCUGUGACUAGGUUUUUUAAAAAAAAACACCUCCUGACGUGGAGAGACGUGCAAAGAAACAGGGCUCCUUUGGCCAGCCUACCUUCUGAAGAGGAGUAGUCCGGAGAGCCCUGCUUGAAGAGGGCCCACCACAGAGCUCCCAUUCUUCCCCCUCGACAGCUGGAGAGAGAGAGAGAGAGAGAGAUUGAGAGAUCCCUGCCAUGAAGCCCUUUGUGCCCACUUGUGCUCUUCUGCUCUGCUUUCCUGCUGGUCUGGCACUGAGCCUGCUGCGGUGGUGCACCAUCUCUCACCAGGAGCUGGCCAAGUGCAGUGAAAUGAGCAAGGCCUUUGCCGGGGCCAACAUCCGACCCCUGCUGGCCUGUGUCCGCGGGGGCUCAGCCAGCACUUGCACGUCCAUGAUUAAUGCAAGCUUGGCAGAUGUGGUAACCCUGGAUGGCGGCGCCAUUUACCAGGCUGGGAAAGAAUACAAUCUGAAACCAGUGGUGGGUGAAGCCUAUGGCCAAGAUCUCGGCACCUCCUACUAUGCUGUGGCCGUUGUGAAAACCAAUUCCUCCUUGACCAUCAACAGCUUAAGGGGCGCCAAGACAUGUCACACAGGCAUCAACAGGACUGUCGGAUGGAAUGUCCCCGUGGGCUUUCUCAUUGAUAGCGGCCGGAUAGCAGUGAUGGGCUGUCAGGUACCCAAAGCUGUUGGUGAAUAUUUUGGUGCCAGCUGUGUUCCUGGAGCCCGUGGGGACACAUACCCUCCUUCCCUCUGUGAGCUAUGCAAAGGGGAUGAAGCAAGACAAUGGAAAUGUGACCCCAGUCCCAGAGAGUCCUACUAUGACUAUCUCGGAGCCUUCAGGUGUCUCGUGGAAGAGGCGGGAGAAGUGGCCUUUGUGAAGCACAGCACUGUUGUGGAUGCCCUAAAUGGCCCAGAUCCUCCUCUGUGGGGUCAGAAGCUUCAGCCGAAGGACUUCCACCUCCUCUGCCGGGACGGCACCAGGGCAGAAGUGACAGAGUGGCACCGGUGUCACUUGGCACGAGUUCCUGCUCACGCUGUGGUGGCCAGGCAAGACACUCCGGGGAGCCUCGUCUUUCAGCUGCUCAACCAGGGACAGCAAAAGUUCAACAGUGAAGCCUCCCCUUUCCGAAUGUUCGACUCCACGGCUUAUGGUGGGAAGAACCUUCUCUUCAAAGACUCCACCACACACCUGGUUCCCAGUCAGGAGCAGACCUACCAGGCCUGGCUGGGGCAGGAGUACCUACAUGCUGUCCGGGGCUUGGAUUGUGACCCCACAAGGUUGCCCAGAUUUCUGCGCUGGUGCGUUUUGUCAACAGAGGAGAUCUGGAAAUGCAGCGAAAUGGCCACGGCCUUUCAGGACAACAACUUGAAGCCAGAAAUCCACUGUGUUUCUGCAGCAAGUUCAGAGCAGUGCAUGGAAUGGAUCCAGAAAAGAGACAUUGAUGCUGUAGUUUUGGCAGGGGAGGAUAUUUACAUGGCUGGGAAGAAAUAUGGCCUGGUGCCUGCUGCCGGGGAACGUUACGCAGAUGGGGACACGAAGGACACCUACUACGCUACAGCCGUUGUGCGGCGAAACGCCUCCAAUGCCUUCACCACCCACGAGCUCAAAGGGAAGAAGUCCUGCCAUGCUGGCUACGGGUCGAUGACUGGAUGGAGCAUGCCUCUCGGCAUCCUGCUAAGGAGGGGCUUCAUUCAGCCUCGGGGCUGCAGCCUCCCACAAGCGGUGAGUGCCUUCUUCUCGGCCAGCUGCAUUCCUGGUGCCAGGAGGGAUGAUUUCCCAGCCAGCCUUUGUGAACUCUGCAUUGGUGAUGGCAACGGGAGUUAUAAAUGCAAUGCCAAUGACAAGGAGCACUAUUACAACGAUACCGGAGCCUUCAGGUGUUUAGCUGAGCACCGUGGUGAUGUGGCCUUUGUCAAACACUCUACAGUCUUUGAGAACACAGAUGGUAACAACAACAACUCCUGGGCCGCCCUGCUGCACUCGAGGGAUUUCCAGCUCUUGUGCCCCAAUGGGGCCCGUGCUGAAGUCAGCCAGUUUGCCCGGUGUCACUGGGGCAAGGUGCCCGCUCGUGCCGUCAUGGUUCACCCAGAGACCAAUGCUUUGGCUGUGUAUGGACUUCUCAGCAAAGCUCAGGAUUUCUUUGGAGACGACAACAAUGGAAAUGGAUUUAAAAUGUUCGAUUCCACAAACUUCCAAGGACAAGAUUUAAUCUUCAUGGAUUCCACCAUUGAAAUUGUGCCUGUUGGGAAGAACACCACUUUCACGUCUUGGCUGGAGCAGCAAUUCCUGGAGUCUAUGGAAGGCUUGGAAACCCUCCAGUGUUCGGGGGCAGCUGUGGAAUCCGUGAACAACUUUUUUCUACUGAUGGCAAGUCUUGGUCUCAUAACAUUCUGCUCCUUGUGAUCAAUACUUCAAUGACAGAGAAUACAAUUGGUGGUCUUACCCUCAGUAGGCAUUUCGGUUGGGGGAAUUUGCUGGAGACAGAGAGUGGGAGUGGGCGACUGGGAUCAGUCGUCUGUGUAUACCAGGAUAACCCAAUGCAAUGCAAGACAUUAUAGUGCAAAACAAAACGUUUACUGUUAUAAGCGACUCUAUCUUAUACAAUGAAACACUCACAUAAAAACAUCAUGAGCGCAUCACUAGCUAUGAAAGACUGACUCCCUGGAUGGCGCACGGAAAACCCACUGCCUGGUGACGUUCUCGAGUGGGUCUUUAUUUUUCUACUCAAUCUGAAACAGAGAAGAUAUUAAAGAAGAA